AUGGGUCCUUACAAAGCACAAAAGGUGCUACUGACUAACAAACGGUUGGCUCUGACCUCAGAGAUCAUGGAGAACCUGCAUUCAGUGAAGGCCUAUGGCUGGGAGGAGAUAAUGGAGACCCUGAUCAAGAACAUCAGACAGGAUGAGGUGAGGCUGACCAGGAAGAUUGGCUCCCUGCGCUAUUUUUACAGCUCUGCAUACUUUUUCUCAGCCAUCUUUGUGAUUGUGGCCGCAGUCGUCCCUCAUGCCCUCAGCCGCGGUAUCAACCUGCGUCGCAUAUUCACAACUCUCUCCUACUGUAUGGUGCUGCGUAUGACUGUCACUCGACAACUGCCCGGCUCCAUCCAGAUGUGGUACGACACCAUACGGCUUAUUUGGAAGAUUGAAGAAUUUCUUAGUAAGGAGGAAUACAAGUUAAUGGAAUAUGAUCUCAGCAUCACAGAGCUGGAACUUAAAGAUGUGACUGCUUCUUGGGAUGAGGGUCCUGGUGAACUUUUGGAAAGGAUAAAACAGGAGAACAAAGCUAAUGGCCAUCACAAUGGAGAUGUAGGUCUCUUCUUUACCAACCUAUAUGUGACUCCUGUACUGAAGGACAUCAGUUUGAUCCUGAAGAAAGGAGAGAUGUUGGCUGUUACUGGUUCUAUGGGCUCUGGGAAGAGCUCAUUGUUGAUGACCAUCCUCGGGGAGCUGGUUCCCUCCUCCGGGAAGAUCCGACACAGUGGUCGAAUCUCCUACUCCUCCCAAACAACCUGGAUCAUGCCUGGCACCAUCCGAGACAACAUCCUUUUUGGUCUGACCUAUGAUGAGUAUCGCUACAAGAGUGUGGUCAAAGCAUGCCAGCUCGAGGAGUCCCUCUGUCUACAUUCUUCUCUCAUCACAGCUCGUAGCCCCAUUUUCUCCCACCUCAUCAUCUCACUGAAGGGUUUGUGGACCAUCAGGGCCUUUGAGCGGCAGGCCUACUUCGAGAACCUGUUCCACAAGACCGUCAACACCCACACAGCCACCUGGUUCCUCUACCUGUCGACCCUACGAUGGUUCCUCUUCCGCUCAGACAUCAUCUUUGUGUUCUUUUUCACGCUGACCGCCUGGAUUGCGGUAGGAACCAACCAGGAUAAACCGGGCGAGAUUGGUAUCGUCAUAUGCCUGGCAAUGCUCAUUCUAGGCACCUUCCAGUGGUGUGUUGCCACCAGCAUUGCGGUAGAUGGAAUGAUGCGAUCCGUUGACCGGGUUUUUAAGUUCAUCGACCUACCGUCUGAGACACCCAAACCGGAUAAAAGCAAAUACUCAGAUCUGAUUAUCGAGAACGUCGAUGCACGGGCCGACUCAAGCUGGCCCAACCGCAGUCAGAUCGAUGUGCAGAAUUUAACAGUCAAAUACACAGAAGGGGGUCACGCUGUCCUUAAGAACCUCUCCUUCACUGUGGAGGGUGGACAGAGGGUGGGUAUCUUGGGCCGAACAGGUUCUGGGAAGAGUUCUCUGUUCAAUGCUCUCUUGAAGCUGGUUUACACAGAUGGUGAUAUCUCCAUCGAUGGGGUCAACUGGAACAAAAUGCCACUUCAGAAGUGGAGGAAAGCCUUUGGUGUGAUGCCUCAGAAAGUCUUCAUCUUUACGGGACCAUUCCGCAUGAACCUAGACCCUUACGGUUGUCAUAGUGAUGAGGAGCUGUGGCGGGUCACGGAGGAGGUCGGUCUUAAGACAGUGAUUGAGCAGUUUCCAGACAAACUGGACUUCCAGCUGGAAUACGGAGGCUAUGUACUGAGUAACGGCCACAAACAGCUCAUCUGUCUGGCUCGCUCUAUCCUCAGCGGAGCCCGCAUCCUCCUCCUGGAUGAGCCUAGUGCCCACCUCGAUCCAAUAACAAUAAAGGUGUUAAAGAAGACAUUACGACAGUCUUUCUCCACAUGCACUAUAUUACUGUCUGAACACAAAGUGGAACCACUGCUCGAGUGCCAGUCUUUCUUGAUGAUGGACAAGGGUCAGGUGAAGACCUACGAUUCCAUUCAGAAGCUGCUGAAUGAGACCAGUCAUCUAAAGCAGGCCAUAAGUCCAGCCGAGCGCCUCAAACUCUUCCCUCGCCGGAACUCUAGCAUGCACGGCCCUCAAUCCAAACUCAGCUCUGUUACGCAGACACUGCAAGAGGAGGCAGAGGACAAUAUCCAAGACACUCGCCUCUGA